UUUGGGUAUGUGAUCUGAGUCUGACUCUGAGAGAAUGAAGGUUUUCCCAGUUUGAGACGUACAAAGCCUAAGAUAUUCGUUUUCCCAGAAGAGAAGAUGGAUCCAGGCAAAGUGAAGAGCUUGCUGAAUUUUGUGAAUUCACUUGGAGUAGGAGAGGUCGUUGAAUCAUUACAUCAGUUGAAAGAUGGGAAGCAUUUCAUCUCCAUGAUUAAGAUCCUUUCGGAAAAGGAAAUCCCUGACUGUGAUAAUCCUAUGCAAUGCUAUCGCUUCAUUCUGAAGUAUUUGGAAGGGUUCUAUCAAUCAUCCCUCAAGUUCCUGGUGGACUUCUCCCAGAUCGUCAACGGCUCCAGCAUCUCGGAAGUCGCAAAAGUCACCGCCCUGCUGCUUUGUGCUGCCAUUCAGAGUGAGAAGGUCAAGAUCUUUGUGGAUGCCAUCACUGAGCUUGACCUCUUGACCCAGAAUGACCUGAAGGAAAUCAUCCAGUAUAUUGUGGUCCAAGAGAGUAGCCACAAACUCCGGAGAGACUUUGCAGAUAUUCUUCAUCGACGAGGUUGCCCGCCACUUACAAAUAUUGUUGAGUUUAUUCCGACUGCAAAUAUUCAGACAGGGGAUAGUUCAAGUGACUCUUCCCGCGGUGUCCUAACCCCGAUGGAGCCGGGCACUCCUGUCCCCAGAACGGUGUCCUCUUCGUCGGCAUUCUCCAACUCUCCCAUGUCUCCAGUCCAUAACCUGAUCAACUCUCCCUAUAUGGUCAGCAAGCUGAAUAAUCGCAGGCUUCACGAUCGAGUGCGCAGCCUGGAAUCGAAGAUAGCUUCUGAGACAGCACUGAGGCAGGAUCUUGAAGCUGAGAUUGUGGAGAAAAACUCUGUCAUCGGCAGCAAAGACAGCCAGCUGCGUGAGCUGAAUCAGAAGGUCAAAGAACUGAAUAAGCUAAAGGAUGAGGUCGACGAACUCCAAGCGGUUCAAGCGGAACUGCAGAAGAGUACGAGAGAAAACACCAGAUUGAGGAAGCUGUUGGAGCAGAAAGCCGAGCUGAAGACCGACAACGCUCACCUAGAGAAAGAGAAUAAGGAGUUGCAUUCAGAGAGACAAGAACUCAAGCACAUGAUGAAAGACCAUAGCGCCAUCAAGAACCAGUUCGAGGAGACGCGGGUCCGGCUGCGUCGCUCGGAACUCAAUCUCGGGGAGCUUCACAGGGAGAACUGCCGCCUGACGGAUGAGUUGGAGUGCGCCAUGAAAGAGAGACAGGAACUGACCCACAUGAUGGACACCAGUCAGCAGAUGUACAAGGAAAAGAUUACCCUGCUCGAGGAGCAGCUCAUGCAAGCCUCUACAAGCCCUGUUGAGGGAGAGUCUUUGGGUAUUAUCGCUGAGCAGCGCGUCUCUGAGCUGGAGCUAGAGCUAGAGAAGAUCCGUAUGACCUGGAUCAGUCCCGAAGUCCAUCAGAAGAUGAAAAGCCUGUACGAAGAGGCUUGCCAAACUGCUCAUACAUAUGAGACUAAACUGAAAGAGAUCCAGAAGGAAUACUCACUUGCUACUCAUCGCAUAUCUGAACUGGAGCAGGAAGUAAAGAUGUUGAGCGGAGCCAACGAUCAAGUACUGCAGCUGAAGCAGGAGGCAGAGGCCCAACUCCAGCAUGCAUUGGCAUUGUAUUCAGGUCUCCAGGAAGACAUGCAGAAAUUGGAGAUGAAAAUGAAAGAAGAAGGGGAGGAGAAAGAGGCCCGAUACAAAAAAGUCCACGAACUGUCUGAAAAGCAGAAUACAGAACUCAAGACCAAAAUUGAUGCUUUACUGAAUGAGUUGGAGGAAAAGGGCAGACAGACAUUAAAUUUGGAAACCAAAAUGAAAGAAGAACGAGAGAAGAAAGAUGCCCAAUUCUCUGAAGCUCGUGAUCUUCUUGAGAAGCUUCAGUCUCAAAAUGACUCUCUAAACCUUGAGCUUGUGAAGAAAGAACAAUACUUGAUGAAAAUGAAACAAGAAGGAGAGGAGAAAGAGGCCGAAUACAAAAAUGUCCACGAACUGUCUGAAAAGCAGAAUAAAGAACUCGAGACCAAAACUGAUGCUUUAUUGAAAGAGUUGGAGGAAAAGAGCAGACAAACAUUAAAUUUGGAAACCAAAAUGAAAGAAGAACGAGACAAGAAAGACGCCCAAUUCUCUGAAGCUCGUGAUCAUCUUGAGAAGCUUCAGUCUCAAAAUGACUCUCUAAACCUUGAGCUUGUGAAGAAAGAACAGUACUUGAUGAAAAUGAAACAAGAAGGAGAGGAGAAAGAGGCCCAAUACCAAAAAGUCCACAAACUGUCUGAAAAGCAGAAUAAAGAUCUCCAGACCAAAAUUGAUGCUUUAUUGAAAGAGUUGGAGGAAAAGGGCGGACAAGCAUUAAAUUUGGAAACCAAAAUGAAAGAAGAUUGUGAGAAGAAAGAUGCCCAAUUCUCUGAAGCUAGUGAUCUUCUUGAGAAGCUUCAGUCUAAGAAUGACUCUCUAAACCUUGAGCUCGUGAAGAAAGAACAAUACUUGAUGAAAAUGAAACAAGAAGGAGAGGAGAAGGAGGCUGAAUACAAAAAAGUCCAUGAACUGUCUGAAAAGCAGAAUAAAGAACUCCAGACCAAAACUGAUGCGUUAUUGAAAGAAUUGGAGAAAAAGAGCAGACAAACAUUAAAUUUGGAAACCAAAAUGAAAGAAGAUCGAGAGAAGAAAGAUGCCCAAUUCUCUGAAGCUCGUGAUCUUCUUGAGAAGCUUCAGUCGGAAAAUGGCUCUCUAAACCUUGAGCUUGUGAAGAAAGAACAGUACUUGAUGAAAAUGAAACAAGAAGGAGAGGAGAAAGAGGCCAAAUACAAAAACGUCCACAAACUGUCUGAAAAGCAGAAUAAAGAACUCGAGACCAAAAUUGAUGCUUUAUUGAAAGAGUUGGAGGAAAAGGGUGGACAAACCUUAACUUUGGAAACCAAAAUGAAAGAAGAUCGAGAGAAGAAAGAUGCCCAAUUCUCUGAAGCUCGUGAUCUUCUUGAGAAGCUCCAGUCUCAGAAUGACUCUCUAAACCUUGAGCUUAUAAAGAAAGAACAAUACUUGCAAGACACUCAAAAUGAGUUGCAGGCAGUGAUCAAAGAGAGCGAUUCCCUACUCCAGAAGGCCGAUGCUCGCAUCAAAGACCUGGAAUGCAAGAGCAGGAGGAUGGAGCAGGAUUUGGAAAGUGGCAGCGAAGUCCUGCGGGUGGCUGAAAAGAAGAUCAAAGAAGACAACACUGAGAACGAACUCAAACUCAAGACCAUGGGCACCCAGGUGUCGGACCUUCAAAUGCAGAAUCACCUCCUGAAGCAAGAUCUGGAUAAGAAGCUGGAAGAUUGGCUGGUCAUGGAGGAGAAGAUGAAGCAGGAGAAGGAGGCGAUUGCAACGGAGCUCGGUCAGGCUUCGGUCAAGAUAGAGAUGCUGGAGCAUAAGUACAGCUCUCUCAAGGAAGACCUGGACAAGGAAGACUCGGAUCUGAGCCUUCGCCUCAGGGACGUGGAGGCGCAGAAGCGAGAGGUGGAUUCCCGUCUGGAGAAAACCUGCACCCAGCUUAAGGAUCUCCAACAGAGCAACUGGGUCCUGAAGCAGAAUGUGGAGAACAAAGAGGAGCACCUGCGCCUUGUCGAAGAGAAGCUGAAGCGCGAUGGAGAGAGUCAAGUCCAGAAGGCCAUGAAGCAGGCUGAAGAACUGCAGCAGCAGAACGGCCGCUUGAAACAGGACGUGCAGAACAUGCACGACAUCUUGGAGACAACUAGCGAGAACAAGAAGUUGUGGGAAGAGAAGAUCAAGGUGCUUGAGGAGAAAAUUGAACAAGAUGAAGCAGAUAGGAAGAGUCGCCAGCAUCGCGUGGCCGACCUUGAGAAGGAAGUUGAAGAGCUUAAAGCCAAAUAUAAUGAAGCACGUGUAUCCCAGCAUGCCCAGGAGAUUGCUUUCUCAGAGCAGAUCGAACGUCUCAGGUCGGCCACUCCCAACCAAGACCUCCCCUCAUCUACCCGGAACUCCAUCACCGACAUCACGCCCCCUGGCCACCCCGACCUCAACCUCACCCACGAUGCGACGGUGGACCAUAGCGUGGACAGUCUGGAUGGUCUAGCGGUCAGUCGGAUCAGUCACGAUGACAGUGACCUCAGGAUGGAUGACCUUCAGACUGACCAUGACUUGAGGGCGGGGUCAGUCGUCAGCCUCACAUCUACAGGGUCUGUCCGAAGCACAAGAUCAACAAGAAGUCGCACACGGAUAGAGAUCACUCUAUCAGGCAAGCGCAGUGAAUCCAGAUCCACAUCCAGAUCCGAAUCUCACUUCGAUUCCCAGUUUGAUGAUUUUGGUGGUAGCCUGAAUAGCCUUGGAGUGGACUUCCCUGAUAACGUGGCCCGCACCCUGGAUGAGCUGGAGGCGAGCAGCGCCCAACUCUCGGCUUCCAACCGAAGGGACACACUCGACACCCAUCGUACAACCGGACCAAGCGGCUUCUUCCUGGUGGGUUGCGGUGAGGAGGAACCUGCUCAUAUUGACUGGGAAGAUCGUCUGGCAGAGCUUCAGCGAAGGAACACCCUCUGCAGGCCCCACCUACGGACAUCCUACCCUGUGGAGACACAGACAAGGGCACCGAAGGAGAUCACCGAGACCGAUCUACAGGUCGGCUGUGAUACUCGUCGGAGCAGUCUUCGGUUGACGGGGGAUGUGGAGGAGGGUACCAGGAACUCAACUCGCAAGAGGAAGAGCGAGCAGUUCGAUUUCAAAGCACCAGCUUCAAAGCAAAUGCGUAGCACAUCUUCCUGCCAAGAAAUGCCCCCACCCCCUCCCCCAACCACAAAGACCGCAGUCAUGACCAGGAAAUCCACAUCACAAUCCAGCAUGUCACAGGCCCACUUCACAUCAAGCAGAAAACACGGAAGCAGCAGCAGCCUCCAUGUCCACAACACUCUCCACAAGAGCGACAGUAAGACCAGCCUAGGUAAGGCCGUGCGGAGCAGUCCAAGGCUUGCCGAAAGCAGGGCUACCAGCAGGACCGGUCUGAUAUCCGACAACCCGGCCGGUAAGUCUAGCCGUACCAACCUCGCCAAACAGACCAGCAGAAGUAGCCUUGCCAGCACAACCGGUCGAACGGCUUCCCAGAAUCCAGCUACGCAGAGUUCUAGACCGAGUUCCAGGACUUCAUCCAGAGCUAGUAGGUCCAGCCUAACUGGUAGCAUUGCUAGUAUGGCUACUUCUACGUCCACUUUGAAGAAAUCCAAGGAACCGGAACUGCCAGAAAUUGAUGAGGUUCUGAACCCCAGGCGUGAGAGCAUCGCUUACAGCGUCGGAUUCUCUCCACGUAAGGCCAGCAGACGGAGACGGUCCAUGCGCUUUUCUAAGAAGGGCAGUGUGAAGGGUAGUCCUGGUCUCAGUCAGAUGAAGAAGAAGGUAGCCACACCCCAGGAAAAGACAAAGAAAACGCCCCAAAAGAAAACCCCAUCUAAAAUGAAAUCCAUGGCAAGAUUCUUCGGCAAAUAAGAAGCAGGAAUCAUCAAUCAUCAACAACAUAGAGAACAGGGAGAGAGAAUUUAUCCUCGCUCUGACCUUUUUUUUUUAAUUGAUCAUGUUUUUCUACUAGAUUCAUUUGUCAUCAAUGAUCAGUUGAAAAAAAAAUUAGUCUGGUCUCUGACCAACUACAUGCAAUUGAAAAACAUUUUUCUGUGUUUGUAACCCACCUUAUAACAUGGAGGUAGAAGUUGUGUCUAAUUUAUGACCAGUUGAUCAGAGAAUUAUUUCUCAUUAUAUUGUAUACAAAUCAGCCCCCACUUUAUAAAUUAGUAUUAAGUUCAUUCAUCAUUGAUAACUGAAUAAUAAUAAAUAUGAAAGACUUUUUGGGGCGCAUCCUCUGAUUAAAUAAAAUCUUUUUAACAGUGUCAUUCUUCACUUUUAAUUAUUCUCAAAUCUGUAUACUCUGUUUGGUAAGUAAGUCGUUCUGAUUGAACGCAUUAUGAUGAAAGUAAUCGCUUGAUCAGAGCGUUCUUCUGUACACAUAGUUCAUGAAUGACAUUCCUCCUUUGAAUUGGAGUAAAAAUGUUAGAAUCCUGUGUUUUAUAAAAAUAGUAAAUACAUCGUGGGAUAUAAUGACAAAGGUAUAUUAUUUGUAGAUUGUGAGCAGUAAGUGUAAAGAUUUUUUUGCUUGUAAAUAAAAUUGUAAUAUCCCCCCUCCCCGUACAAUCAUGUAUAAAUUAUGACAGAAUGAAAUAUACGGUGUACAGUUGUAAUUAUGUAAGAUACAGAAAAAUUCUAUUUGUCUUUGAUUCUAUGUAUAUCAACUCUUUAUGUACAGUAUCAUUUCAGAGAUAAUCUUUCAAUAUGUACAUUCUUUUUGUGUUUUUUUUAUAUGCUUGAUCAUUUUUCAUCCUUGUAUAUUGAUGAGUUUGAGAUAUUUUGUUAGGUUGGUCGGUGAAUUGUUUGCAUAUGUAUGUAAACAGAUGGACAGCUUUGGUAGUCAGGACUUGGAGGUGUAUUUGUUUAUCCGGUCUAUUGUAUACAUUGGGUUUGGUAGCAUGU